GCCUCUUGCAGCCACUUCUCUCCAUCACUCCGUCUGCUUCGCGUCCCCUUUCUCGUUUUGUCCUCUUUAUUCCCUCAUCCUCUGCUGUUGUCUUUUUCUCCCCGUUCAAUUCGACAUGCCCCGCACGUGAAGUAACUAGUGGCUGGAUGAAGAGUCAGGAGGAAAGAAAUCUGAUGCUCUAACAAGGAAUAAAGGAGAGCGGAGAAAAACACGCACGUUUUCAUUCUUCAUUGAGUGCCUUGGCUUGUUCGGAGCAACAGUAUGGAUCUCUCUUUCAUGGCUGCGCAGAUCCCGGUAAUGACCGGCGCUUUCAUGGACUCCUCUCCCAAUGACGACUACAGCGGCGAGCACUCGCUCUUCAACUCCUCGGCUAGCGUCAACGCUGCUCCGUCAGCGGCCUCGGUACAUGGCCAGCAGGACGAGCAACAGUCAAUGUCUAGCGAUGCCAUCUGGCUCUGGAUUGCCAUCAUCGCUACGAUUGGAAACAUUGUGGUGGUGGGCGUCGUCUACGCCUGCACUUUCUGAUGAACAUGCUUACGCAGACGAACUGAAAACUCAUGAGUCAUGCUUUUUUGUUUGUUUGGGGAUGACAAACCCAAAAGAUUCUCUGCUGAACAGAUAUAUAAUCUAUCUUCAUGUCUCUCCUUUUCUUCCUCUCACUGGGUUUUCAGAUUAUUUAGGGCCCCUCGGACCAAGUUCUGACACUGACAAAUACACUUCCAUAUUUCUUUAUCCAGGAAAAAAGAUUGGGAUUUGGCUGCAUUUGUCAUCAACAAGCACUUUUGAAUUCUGCGUCCGUAUUUUGGGAAGAUGCUUGAGUGCAUGACAGCCCGUUUGUUAGACAGUGAGCAGACAAACAAGCACUCUCACACAAUAAUCUGAAGAAAUAUUUUUUUCAGGUUAAGCUUGUUCCUGCAUAUUUUCCUAGAGAUCGUCCUCACUCGUAGUGUAGAUGGGUGAACAGAGGACAAAUGAGGCUUAAGAUUCUGAGUGAAUCAGGUCAUUUUAAACACCCAUCAGAUGAUUCCAGAGCCAAAUCAGGUCACGGCUGCUUCAUUACACAGCUGAACACAUGGGUUUAAGCUUCAACUAUUCAAAAGUACUGGUGUUAUUUUUCUGUUAGGCAGCUCUGGAAGCCAGAGCACCAAAGCUGCUUCAAAGCAUGGACAUCAGUGUAUUUACCAGCAAAAAGACAUAAAGGUUAGACCGGCUAAAAGAAAUGUUUGGGAUGUUUUUGAACUGGAAUUCAGGGUUGUAAUCAUCAGUCAGUAUCUUACCUGCAGGAAUACUUUCCUAACAAAAAGCCAUUGCUUAAGUAGUUGAUAGCUUGAUUUUCGCUAAAGGUGUGGUUGACUGAAAAAAAAAAAACAUUUAUUUGAUGUUUUUGUCUGAAUAAAUUUGGUCUCUUAGAGUUUUUCAUGUAGGCUGGACAUGGGAAUAGUCUCCUCCACCUAUCUCCUGCUUUAGCUUCAGAUAGAAAAUAGACGUUGAAAUGCGUGGAUUUGAAAAGCUUGACAGCUCUACAUCAAGCAGUUUCUUGGAUCCACCGAUCUUGACUCACGACUGGGAGGGAUGUUGUUGUUUUAACCUUUAGAAAUCAGCAGAGAAUGUGUCGGAUAGUUUAAGCUAACCGUUAGCAUUAGCAACACCACCACGUGGCAGAACCUCCUCCAGGCUUGUGUUACUUGUGGAAAUAAAACAACCACGUUGCAUGUUCGUGGUAGAGUCGUACUCGUCCGAUCCGGGGAGAGAUGUCCAAAUAUCUCCGAGAACAACCGCUCCUUUAGGAAUUCCUUUCUGAUUCUCCAAACUGGGAUCAUUCUUUCUACUGCAGGUUACAUUUUAGGCCUUUUACCAAUAUGAUUCCAUAAAAAUGCUUCAGAUAAUCCCUUUCUAAAGCCACCUCCAAGCCCAACAGCGGUAGGUUGACUUCAGCAAGAAGAAAGGAGUUUUUCCAGUUCCAGCUUUAAUGUGUCUGUGAAAAGGGACUAUGGCUGCUGGAGAAUCCUUCUUCAAAAAGUCCAAGCUAUUCCUUUAAAAUCCCAUUAAAGAGGAUUCUUCACUGCCAACUCAAUUACGCUAGAAGGGAUCACUGUAUGUUCAUCUGUUCAUAAAUUAAUGAGUACAGCAGAAUCUAAAAAUACAAUAAAGCUGUCUUUGCAGUUGUUUCAGACAAUAUCUACGGAAUAUAAAUGAAGCACAACAAAAACAAACAAAAACACCUUUGUAGCCUUUUCCUUGUUAGCAGAAUGUUUUCAUAUGAUUUUAUUGCAGCUUUUUUUUUUAUUAUGAACACUUUUCACAAUAGAAGAGAAGACCUGACGGUAAAGAUUUGUGAAAGGUGUAUAAAAUAAUCCAGAUGUGGCUGGCACGGGCCAGAAACCAAGUGAAUGUUGUGGUAGAGACAAAUCAGUGAGUGUGAAUGAAAAACACAUUUUUGCUCUCAGCCUCGGGACUCAUCUUCUACUUUGCUUGUGAACAGAAACUUCUUUUUAGAUUGUUUGUUUUGCUCAUUUAGGCAAAUGGAAAAAAUUAGCAUGACAGUGUAACACUGCAAACAUUAAUUUUGCAUCAGCGCAGAAACCCCAAAAUGAGGAAGCUCUGCAAAAACACCUGCAAUCUUUGUUGUGCUUCCUAUCCCUUUUCUGCUGUUACACCAGUUCAGAUGUGAUUUGUCACCGUAGAAAAAAGAUUGCACUGAGACAGGCAGCUAUAAAAGAUUAUGGCACUGUGUUCACCUCGGAUUGGAGACACAAUAACCGAUGCAUCAAGCAUAUCUGCGGCUGCAGCUGGGCUGCUUCGGUGCAUCACUGAGCUUUGGCACGGAGAAGAUUUUUCAACCGCGAGGCUUUUGAGCCAUCACACGAAAGGUAGGAAGUGAGUCCCGAGCCUUUCCUUGGAUGCUGGAGGCAGCUGUCUGCAUCAAAUAGCUCUUGUCCUAACUAGGACAUGAACACUCAAGCAUCAACCUACAGCCAAAGAUACGAUUAAACCUUGUCCCAUGACACAAUCCCCCACAACCUCAUAAAUAAUACAGCUGCUAGGCUUUGAUCUUUGUUUUAAGUGUGCUAACUCAUAUCUGCACUUGCUUAAACCACUUCCUGUCUGAAACAAAAAGGGGAAAUAAUUAUGAAGUCAUUUUGCAAAUCAAAACAUUAUAACUCAAAAUACGGUUGUUUUAUGCGUCAAGUCUUUACUCACAUCAUAAAAAUGACUAAUUCUCAUUUGUACAUGGACAUUUUUGCCAAGUGAACCAUGACUAUGUCAAAAUCAUACAAAUAUGCUAUAGAGGUAUAAACCUGUUGUGAAGACACUACACUUGUUUAAAUGUUUAAUCACCUGGAUAAAGUGAAAAUAAAAAUGAUUUCAUGUAUUUAUUGUAAGAAGAUUUAGAUAUACAAUAACCUGUUGUUAUGAGUGUACUUUUACAAGGUUUAAAGGUGGACUUUUAAAGCCUGUUUAUUUUUAAUAAAUGGUUGAUGUAGAAUUAAGACAUGUAAAACACGUACACAAUGCUCUUUUUGUAAAGAUAUAAGCUACUAAUAAAAUUUCUGUAAUAAUGUAAAUAUAUAUAUAUAUAUAUUUACUUUCUUUAAGCUAAUGUCAUUAAGAAUGCAAAAUGAAGUCUUUUUUUAAGUUUGCUCCCUUGGAGGAAGUUGAUGGUGUGAGGAAAGUGUUUAAGUUUCAUCUAGAUUCUGUUUUAUUGCUGUCUGCGAAGAGCCAACCCUCUGUUAGGUUUUACCAGUCGCUGCUCAGCCGCCCAGCUGAUAUUGAUACUAAGCUCAAAUAGUGCUAUCUGUCAUCCUGACACAGGUCACGGCUGUUUAGGAAUCACCUGCAUUCACUAUUCUGUGCUCUCAUGCUCUACUCUACCCUUCGAUCAUGAUAACACAAGUUAUUCUAAACAAAUAUUGAGCCAAAACACACAAAAAAUGUUCUUAAUCCAGUGAAAGCCAGUUGUAUGAAAAUCCCAAUUUUUUGGACUAAAUGUUCUGUUUUAUACUCCUUCGUGGGUGGAAAACAAUCUGUGCAUAAUUUUAUGGAUAAGACAUCUUGGUUUGAAGUGACAGUGUGUAUUUUCCCUGGUGAAAGGGGGCAGUACAUACCUAAAACACUGAAAGCAAGCAGUAUUUUUGUGUUUGAGUAAGACCUUACCAACGGAUGGCCAUUAAGGUUGAACGUUUUUGAACGAGGACUUCACCAGAUGAUUCAACCUCCUGCAAAAUGUCAAGCACAACAAACUCCCCUUUCACUGGCAAUUAGCAAAAAGGUAAAUGUUUAAAACAGUGUCUAUGAAUGGUGAAAGUUUGUAACCGUUUGUUACAGAUCAGUGAAUGCAUGUUUUCCUCACGGGCUCACGCAAAAGUAAACAUUGCAUCUAAUAUGGCGUCGCCCUGAGGCGAUGUAUUUAAGACCCGGUUAUACAGUGUGUUACAAAGCCGCCAAUAUUUAACAACCAGCAUCAUUUAUUCGUUUUCAACAACAUUUCACUGGAUAUUUCCAGAGAUUAAAGGUAAAAAACACACAUUGUCACUUUAAUUUGCACAAUAAUAACUUUAGUGAGAUGUAUGUUUUACACAUUUUUUGUUGUUUUGGUGUGACAAUUAAAAACAAGUCCACUGUG